GAUGAUGAAGUUGCAGAAAUUAUUUCUUAUUUGUUAUUAAACAAUGAUUCUGAAGCCUCUGAAAUAGCCCAGACUAUAGAAAGAUAUAUUCAAAUUAUUGAUGAACCCAUUGCUACAGAAAAGGUACUCAAUAAUAAUGAAAUAAUCACUAUAGUUCAGGCUGAAAAAAAUAAUCAAGAACAGAAAAGUAAUGAUGAUAAUAAAGAACUACUUCCUCUACCCAUAAUAGCUAAAAAA